AUGGCCAGUACACAGCCAAAAGAUGAGACGGCUGGCGUCGAAGCUAGGACGGGUGAAUUCGACACUAAUGUGAUCGCACCUGCGGAGGCCCCGAAGCGUUCACCGUGGAAGGCAUGGAUGUACCUCUGGGAAUGGUAUCCCAAGCACUACCCUGAAGAGGAAAGGAAGCUGUUGAGAAAGAUGGAUGCGUGCUUGCUCACAUUUUGCUCCUUUAUGUUCUUCCUCAAAUGGCUCGAUUCGUCCAAUGUCAAGAAUGCCUAUGUCAGCGGUAUGAAGGAGGAGCUCAACCUUUACGGCAACGAAUACUCGCUCUUCGACACUUUUUACAACGUCGGGUAUCUCGUCUUCCAGGUCCCCUCUCUACUUCUUCUGUCCCGGCCCAAGAUUGCAAGGUGGUACUUGCCGACAAUGGAGGUUUUGUGGUCCAUUGUCACGUUUACCCAAAGUCAAAUGCGAAGCCGGAACGACAUUUAUGGUACUCGGUUCUUGCUCGGCCUGCUUGAAACCCCAGUUGCUUCUGGCACAACCUAUGUGCUCGGCUCAUGGUACAGGCCUGAAGAGGUGUUCAAGCGCACGGGCGUGUGGUUUGUGUCGAACAACAUUGCUGUGAUGUUUGGCGGAUAUCUGCAAGCCGCUGCCUAUAAAAAUCUCAAUGGCGUGCACGGGAUGGCAGGUUGGAGAUGGCUGUUCAUCAUUGAUGGCAUCAUUUCUCUUCCGAUCGCCCUUGCUGGCUACUUCAUCUUCCCAGGUCUACCGAGCAGCAAGAAACCCUGGUGGCUGACACCCAAAGAGCAUGAGCUUGCCAGGACACGGAUGGUCAGCGCAGGCGUCGCACCUAGCAAAGAGUUGAGCUGGAGGGUUAUCAAGCGCACCUUCACCCGAUGGGAGUUCUACAUGGGUGUCCUCUGCUACACUUUCUUCUUAUCUUCGUCAUAUCCUCACGGUCAAAUGGCUAUCUGGCUUAAGGAUCUGGCCAAGAAGUUCCCUGGGGCUUACACCGUCCCGCAAAUUAACACUAUCCCCACAGGUGCGCAAGGUGUAUCGGUGUUUGCCGCGUUACUAGCUACAUCGCUGUGUAUGGUCUACCCACUGUGGUCGAUCUUCUCGAUCGUGCAGACCAUUUAUAUCAUCGCAAACAUAUCCCUCUUGAUCUGGAACAUUCCGAAGGGAUAUCACUUCGCAUGCUACUAUCUUCUCGGUGUCUCGGCAGCCGUGACGCCAAUCCUCAUGCCGUUUAUCAACAUGGCGCUCCGCGAUGACGCAGAAGCACGAGCGGUCACGGUCGGCGCUAUGCUGACUGCGGGCUGGGCAGUGUUCUCCUUCUACCCAAUCACCGUCUUCCCAAUUGUCGAAGGUCCCAAAUGGACCAAAGGCUAUACGGUGAACAUCUGCUUCAUCUUUGGCUGUUGGAGCUCUUUCAUGGUCAUGCAGUAUUUGUAUAAGAGGAGCGAGAAGAAGAGAGAACAGCGGGUUAUACGGGAGGCGACCAAGGACGAGGAGGAUGCGAUGAAUAUCGAUACAAAGGAUGCUAGUGCUGUCGAGUAUGCCGAGGUGCGGAAGUGAAGUAUUGAAAGGGCACUAUUUGGAUGGGGCUUUUGCCAGGGUUGGUAUGUGAAUUCAAACUUGGCGGAAUGGCUUCUC